UAAUUUUUACAAACAUAAAUACUUAAUUUCAGAUAUUAAAUAUACCAUAAAAUUAAUUGCAGUUGUUUUGAUAAGUUGAUUAACAAUAAUAAGCUAUUUAUUAAUUAUUGGAGCUAUUAAAAAUUAUAAAGGAAAAAAAGGGGGGUUGAAAUGACAUUAAUGUUAAUUAAAACAAAAUAAAAGUGGGGAAAGGAAAUUAACAAACGGUGACCACACCAUUCAGUCGCAUGCUCAGACCUGAGUGAGAGAGAGAAGAUCAUUGACUCUGAUCAACUCAGAGAGAAAGAGAGAGAGAGAGAGAGAGAAGAUCUGAGACUCCGAUCGAUGAAGACUCCGAUCGAUCAAAUUUGAGAGAGAGAAGACAAACCGAUCAAGACUAGCACUAGCCAUUAACAGAGAAUAAGAAGAGAAAAGAAGAAGAUCAUACCUUGAGGAGGCUGAAUCUGGAUGCGAGGACAAGCCCUGGUUUUUGCUACUCCUGAAACAUUAAUUGGCUUCCAUCCUGAUGCUGGUGCAUCUUUUUACCUCUCCCAUUUACCUGGUUGUUUAGGAGAAUACUUGGCUCUAACAGGAGACAAACUCAAGGGAGUGGAAAUGAUUGCUUGUGGACUAGCAACUCACUAUUCACUUACAUCAAGACUACCUUUAAUUGAAGAACAACUUGGAAAGUUGGUGACUGAUGAUCCUUCUGUCAUUGAAACUUCUCUAGAGAAAUUUGGUGAAACUGCCCAUCCCGAUGAUACUAGUGUAAUUCGCUGGAUUGAAACACUCAAUAAAUGUUUCAGCCACGACACAGUGGAGGAAAUUGUUGAUGCAUUGGAAAGCGAAGCAGCCAAAACACAUGAUGCAUGGUGCAUUUCAACUCUGAAGAAACUAAAAGAUGCCUCACCAUUGAGCUUGAAGGUUUCGCUAAGAUCUAUACGUGAUGGUAGAUUUCAGACUCUUGAUCAGUGCCUGGCUCGUGAAUAUCGUAUGUCCCUACAAGGAUUCUCAAAGCAGAUUUCCAAUGAUUUCUGUGAGGGGGUUCGGGCACGGAUGGUGGAUAAAGAUUUUGCACCAAAGUGGGAUCCUCCAAGCUUGGAGAAAGUAUCUAAAGACAUGGUGGACCGGUAUUUUUCUCCCCUUAGUGAAUUUGAGCCUGAACUAGAGCUCCCCGUAAAGCAGAGAGAAGCAUUUGCAUAGAUGGGGAAAAAUGAAUGUUGCCCCAGUGCUUUCGAAUUGAUUUGAGGCUGUCACAGUCGCAAUCAAACCCUUAUUCACUCGUGCUUUCGAAUUUAUAAAGUUCAUUCGUGGAGAACAUUAUAAAUUGCAACACCCCUUCUCCUGAAGUUACGGGGUCAUUUUGGCGAGUUCCUUUGACAUGGUUCUCUCAAGUGCCCUAGUAUAUUCUACUUGUUCACGUGUGUGCUUUGAUUUCCUUUCCUUUUUCUUUUGAAUCAAACCCCACCCCCAAAAGAAAAAGGGGAAGAAUAUUUUCCUUUUCAACUUCCACAGAAACCUAGGGUGCAGGAGUAAUGGGAUGGAUCAGAGGAAAAUCAUGAGCUUGGACAAUAAUGUUUGCUUGCCGAGGGCAGCUUAUUUGAACACUUCCUUUGCAAUGAAAUUUACUUCCCAGCUUUUUUGUUACUUUGACACAUUCUUUAUGUAUAUGUAUCGGUGUCUUUGUUUUUGUCAUACUUUUCAAAAUAAAUUACAUAUAUAACCUUUAAAUUAUAACUC